AUGUCAUCGCUGGACGUUGGAGUAGUGGGUGCAGGCAUUGUGGGCCUGUCCGCAGCCAUUAACAUCCAGAGGCUGAUACGCAGGGUGAAGGUCACUGUUGUGGCAGACAACUUUGGUCGGGACACUGCUACGCCAGUGACCCCGUGCAUCUUUCUGCCGAUACCGUCGUGCAUCAGGGGCGUAGAUUCUACUAAAGCCAGUGAAUGGCUGACCGACAGCUGGACACAUCAUUACCAGAUGGCCAACUCCCCAGAGGGCAAAGAGUCUGGUCAGUCUUUUAUGAGUGGACACUAUCUCUGGUCACAUCUGCCAGAUAGACCAAACAAGAUUAUGCCUACAUUAGUGAAAGAGUACCACUUGCUUGAUGAGCAAGAGAAGGAGGCGCUUCACUUCACGUACAGGCAUGCCUGCAGGAUAACAACCGUUGUGAUCGAUCCGAUUAAAUACAUGCAGUGGUUAAUGAAGGAGUUUCGCCAGAGGGGUGGCCAGGUUGUCAGUGAUACAGCAUAUUCCUUGCAGCAGCUUUAUGGACAGUUUGAUGUUGUGGUCAACUGUGUAGGCACUCGAGGGAGGGAGACAGUUCAAGAUCCCUAUCUAGUGCCGGUCAAAGGUUAUGUUGUCCAGGUUGAGCACGAGUGUCCUAAGAACUUCCUCAUCACUGAUGAUCCUAUUACGGUCAUACCUCAUGCAGAGUCCAGUAUUGUUGAUGUGGGGCAUAUUUUGGAACCAGAUGUGUUCAGCCAGGAGAAGAACAUGGAGCUUGUGGAGCUGUUACUGAACAAAGUCAAAGCAUUGGUGCCAAGUCUAAUGGGCUCAACUGUGAUAGAGAGUUAUGUCAGCCGAAGACCCUACCGAUCACCUCCUCUGAUCAAAAUUGAAAUGGUUCGAUGUGGAGGCCCUGUUUUACCUGUCGUUCACAACAUUGGUCAGGGUCUGGAGACAGUCACCCUGGCUUGGGGUAUGGGAGCAGAAGUUGCCCAUCUGGUACAAGAUGUCCUGCGGCUGGUCAAGCCAUUCCCUCACAUGUGUCGGCCAUUCAACACACUCGCCUGA